CGCUCUGUGUCUGCUGCUAACAGAGGACAACACAAACAUUCACCCAAGUGCUGUAACUCUUUCUUAACUUUAACUAAACGUUCAUUCGUUUAAAAGUCAGUUUGACUUUUAAAUUAGCACGAUAAUUGUUUGUCUUUUUGCUGAGGAGCGGAUUGCUUGUUAACUCUACUUUUGGGUUAGUUGAUAUUUUCUUAGUAUCGAAAAGAAACUAUAAGACUCGAUCGAGAUGGUUGCCCUGUCACUGACGGUACUAGUAGGAUUUAUAGGAAGUCUGACUUCAGCCGACAAGGCUGACGCCAUAGAUAAUGAAGACCAGCUGCGUAGCCGCCUGAGAGAGUAUGGCCUCAUCACCCCCAUCAGCACCGACUCCCAUGGUCACUUCCUGUCCCACCUGCUCUCGGCCAAUCACAAGCAGCGGGUGAAGAGGGAGGUGGGGACAGAGGGUUCGGAGCAGGCCAGUGAUAGGCUGUUCUUCAACAUCACGGUGUUCGGCAGGGAGUUCCACCUGAGGCUCCACCCCAACGACCGCCUGGUGUCUCCUGGGGCCAUGGUGGAGUGGCACGACCAGGUCCCUGAAUCAGGCAACGCCAGCAGCAGUGGCACUAUCAGUAUUGGUGUUGGUGGAGAGAACGGGACUGAGUCGACCAGCGGUGGGACAGAGAGGAUUCUCAGGAGGGGGCUGCUGAAAACAGACUGCACCUUUAUCGGUGACAUCACCGACGUAAAGGGAGCCUCCGUCGCCAUUAACAACUGUGAUGGACUGGCUGGAAUGAUCCGGACAGACUCAGAUGAGUACUUCAUUGAGCCGUUGGAGAGAGGGACUCAGGAACAUGAGGACCAGGGCAGAGUCCAUGUUGUCUACAGGAGAUCUGCUGUUCUACAAGCCCCCUCUGACAUCUCACUGGAUUACCAACUGGAAGAACCAGAACCAGAGCUGUCCGUGCCAGGUGUCCCAGGGAGUCUAGACCAGCUGUCCCUGCCAGGUGUUCCGGUGGUUCUAGACCAGGUGUCCCGGCAGGUUAAACAGGCGGUGAGGAAGCGGCGCCAUGCCGGAGAUGACGACUACAACAUCGAAGUUCUCCUGGGUGUCGAUGACUCUGUGGUGCGUUUCCACGGCAAGGAGCAUGUGCAGAACUACCUGCUGACCCUCAUGAACAUUGUGAAUGAGAUCUACCACGAUGAGUCUCUAGGAGUCCAUAUCAACGUGGUGUUGGUGAGGAUGAUCAUGCUGGGCUAUGCUAAGUCCAUCAGCCUGAUAGAACGAGGGAACCCGUCCAGGAGUCUGGAGAACGUGUGUCGCUGGGCCUUGGUUCAGCAGAAGGCAGACCAUGACCACUCUGAGCACCAUGAUCACGCCAUCUUCCUGACCAGACAGGGCUUCGGACCCACAGGCAUGCAGGGCUACGCGCCCGUAACAGGCAUGUGCCACCCGGUCCGGAGCUGCACGCUGAACCAUGAGGAUGGAUUCUCCUCUGCCUUCGUUGUCGCCCACGAGACCGGACAUGUGCUGGGUAUGGAGCAUGAUGGUCAGGGGAAUCGUUGUGGAGACGAGACAGCCAUGGGGAGUGUGAUGGCUCCACUGGUUCAAGCUGCCUUCCAUCGAUACCACUGGUCCAUGUGUAGCGGACAGGAGCUCAAGAGAUAUAUACAUUCGUACGACUGUCUCCUGGACGACCCGUUCAAACACGACUGGCCCCAGCUGCCGGAGCUGCCAGGAAUCAACUACUCCAUGGACGAACAGUGUCGCUUCGACUUCGGAGUCGGAUACAAAAUCUGCACAUCCUUUCGCACAUUUGACCCGUGUAAGCAGCUGUGGUGCAGUCACCCUGACAACCCAUACUUCUGCAAGACCAAGAAAGGCCCUCCCCUGGACGGGACUGAGUGUGCUCCUGGGAAGUGGUGCUAUAAAGGUCACUGCAUGUGGAAGAAUGCCAACCAGGUGACGCAGGAUGGCUCCUGGGGCUCCUGGACUAAAUAUGGUUCCUGUUCCCGCUCCUGUGGGACCGGGGUUCGCUUCAGAACUCGCCAGUGCAACAACCCAGUCCCCUCUAACGGCGGUGGGGACUGUCCCGGGGUGAAUUAUGAGUUCCAGCUAUGUAACACCGAGGACUGCCCCAAACACUUUGAGGACUUCAGGGCCCAGCAGUGCCAGCUACGCAACUCCCACUUUGAGUUCCAGAACACCAAACACCACUGGCUGCCCUAUGAGCACCCUGACUCCAAUAAGAGGUGCCACCUGUACUGCCAGUCGAAGGAGACCGCUGACGUGGCGUACAUGAAGCAGCUGGUGCAUGAUGGGACACGUUGCUCCUACAAAGACCCCUACAGCAUCUGUGUCAGAGGAGAGUGUGUGAAAGUGGGCUGCGACAAAGAGAUUGGUUCCAACAAGGUCGACGAUAAGUGUGGAGUGUGUGGUGGGGACAAUUCUCACUGUCGCACUGUCAAGGGAACCUUCACACGCACCCCCAAGAAAGCUGGGAAGACGAGAGGAUCGUUUUCCUUGCCUAAAGGAGCUCGCAAUGUUAAUCUGAAUGAAACGGAAGAUUCUAGAAAUGUACUUGGUUUCCUUAAGAUGUUUCUGAUCCCUCCCGGGGCUAGACAUGUGAUCAUUCAGGAGCAUGAGGCUUCUCCUCAGAUGCUUGCGAUCAAGAACCAGGUGACAGGCCAAUAUAUCCUGAACGGCAGAGGAGAAGAGGCUCGCUCCCGGAGCUUCAUAGACCUGGGAGUGGAGUGGGAUUAUAUUAUAGAACAUGACGAAGAGACACUAUACACUGACGGACCCUUACACGACGCCGUGGUCGUCCUGGUAAUCCCUCAGGACAACGAGACCAGGUCAACCCUGAUGUAUAAAUACAUCAUCCAUGAAGACUCUGUCCCCAUCAACAACAACAACGUCAUUCAGGAGGACAUCUACGAAUGGGCCCUGAAGAGCUGGUCGCAGUGUUCUAGACCCUGUGCUGGAGGGUUCCAAUACACUAAGUAUGGCUGCAGGAAAAAGGGUGACAGCAGGAUGGUCCACCGGGGAUCCUGUGAUGUCAGCAAGAAGCCCAAACCCAUCAGGAGAAUGUGUAACCUACAGGACUGUACGCAGCCACAAUGGAUCUCAGAGGAUUGGGAGCACUGCACUAAGACUUGUGGCAAUCUGGGUUUCCAUAUCCGGACGGUUCGCUGUGUCCAGUUCCUUAAUGAGGGGACCAACCGCUCAGUCCACAGCAAGUACUGCAGCGGGGAGAAACCAGAGAGCAGACGGCCCUGUAACAGACUGCCCUGCCCUGCACACUGGAGGCCUGGGGCCUGGUCAGAGUGCUCAGUGACGUGUGGUGAGGGGGUGGAGAGGCGCUUAGUGACGUGUCGUAUUGGAGAUCAGUGUAAUGGAGAGAAACCUGAUGCCCACAGACCCUGCAAACCAGGACCCUGUCACGAUGAGCCGUGUAACGGGGAUAAGUCUAUAUUCUGUCAGAUGGAGGUCCUGGCGAGAUACUGCUCUAUCCCGGGAUACAAAAAACUGUGUUGUGACUCCUGUAGCAGACGCAGAGGAACCCUGUCCCCCCUCCUAGUAGAGGCCGCCGAGAUGGACCAGGAAGUACGCUUUGGCGCCGCCUCCCAGCUCCUGGAGACUCUGUCGCCCAAUGGGACGCGUGAUUUGUCUCUUCGCUCCCGACUGGCCCCCCGUGGAUCCCCAACGUUAUGCCCCAGCGUCAGAUAUGCCCACACGGCCCCACCCAGGAAGAGCUCCUUCCACCGCAGAGUACCAUCCCCCAGUAGCCUCAUUGGCAGGAACUUGUCCGUCAUGAUAUCAUCACUCAGUGCUGGGGGCGGGGUUCAGUCAGAUUCCACGAAGGGUCAAAGUUCGGACACGUUGAGGGAGAGCCGGUUGCUCAGGGCGACGGAGGUGGCGAGAUGAAAUGGGAUCCUUUCUCCUCUGGACUCCAUGCAGAUAUCACUCCACCCUGCCUUUCUCACCUCACAACAUCACCGGAGGGGAGAGAGAGAGAGAGAGAGAGAGAGAGAGAGAGAGAGAGAGAGAGGUGCUGGUUCACUUUCGUGUUAGAGACCCCCUAAGCAGCAGUGUGAAGUGACAGGUUGUUUGAGUUGAAAGCACCAUAUAUCACCAGAGCAGUUGGACUGAAGCCCCAGUCAUUUAUAUUUGAGUCAUUUAGCAGACGCUCUUAUCCAGAGCCACUUACAGUUAGUGAGUGCAUACGUUUUUCAUACUGGCCCCCCGUGGGAAUCGAACCCACAACCCUGGCGUUGCAAGCACCAUGCUCUACCAACUGGCCUGUCAUGUUACAACGUUACUCUUAGGAAAUCUUUCUAGUUGUAUAGAAUUUCAAUAUCCAGCUAUUUUUGUUUACUGCCGCUCAUAUUUCUACAACAAAUCUAGAUAUUUCUAAAAGUCACUGUAAAAACGAUAAUAUAUACAUAUUAUGUUAUACAUUAUGUUAAAAUGUCAGUAUUAUUAUAACGAUGGCAAGAUGACGCUGUCAAAGGUUAAAUCACCUUUUGGUUCCUAAACUACAGACCCACAGACAUACUCACAUCUCCAGAAUCAUAUCCAGAUAUUCCAGAACCAUAAUAUGAAAUGAUGUCAGGUUGUGUAUUAUUGGUUCCCUACAGUACUCGGCUACAGGCAGAACAUACAUAAUCUGAUCAUCAGGCUGUCAAUACUCUGUUUAAUGUCUUCAUGAACACACAGGGACAACAGGCAGAGUGUGAUGGAAUCCCAGCAUCACCACAUCUGAGAGGGAUAGACAGUAUACCUAACCCUUCAGAGAGGGAACCUCUGGAUUCUAUACCACCAGGGGGUUUAUUAGUAUUUAACACAAACAACAUUGUGUGAGCACAUUGUGUGCUUUUGUGAAGAUGUACUUACAAAAUAUAUUUAUAGGGAACAUUUGAUAAUAGAUGUCUAGCUUUGUCAGAGAGAGAGAGCUAUUUAUUAUAAAAUGAUUUUAUGUCAACCACAAUGCAUCUGACUGCAAUAGCAAACGAACCAUUGACGAUGUUUCAUUUGAGUUCAAUGUGUAACCAAUCAUUCUUAAUCCUGUGUUGUCAUUAUAGUACCUAAUGUUGUCAUUAUAGUACCUAAUGUUGUCAGUAUAGUACCUAAUGUUGUCAUCAUAGUACCUAGUGUUGUCAUUAUAGUACCUAAUGUUGUCAUUAUAGUACCUAAUGUUGUCAUCAUAGUACCUAAUGUUGUCAUCAUAGUACCUAAUGUUGUCAUUAUAGUACCUAAUGUUGUCAUUAUAGUACCUAAUGUUGUCAUUAUAGUACCUAAUGUUGUCAUCAUAGUACCUAGUGUUGUUGUUAUAGUACCUAGUGUUGUUGUUAUAGUACCUAAUGUUGUCAUUAUAGUACCUAAUGUUGUCAUUAUAGUACCUAAUGUUGUCAUCAUAGUACCUAGUGUUGUUGUUAUAGUAAUUGUAUAUAGGAUUUAGAAGGUCAAUAUUUAUUAAGAUAAUGGUCCUACUCUUUUUCCUGAACAGAGCCUUCUGGUUGCCGAGGUGCUGUAGAAAUAACAAUAUUAUUAUUAUAGGUUCUAAUAAUAAGCAAACUAAACCAAACAUCAUCAAGACCAACCACCUCAUUCCAGCUUAACACUUUCACUCCAGAUCAACUGUUACAGGGAGGAAUAGUGGUAGUAUUCAUUAAAUUACAUUGUUUUCUGCAAACAAUUCCUUUUAAAUAUACAUGCUCAAUUUUGAGAUAUUUAAAACUCUGAGAGAGCUGUUCUUCACAGCUGUUUUAGGAAAAAGCCUCAACUUGCUGUUCGAGUCAACUACAUCAGCCAAGCGUGGAGUCAACCUGCUGUUCAUCAGUACAAUCAACCUGCUGUUCAUCAGUACAAUCAACCUGCUGUUCAUCAGUGGAAUCAACCUGCUGUUCAUCAGUGGAAUCAACCUGCUGUUCAUCAGUAGAAUCAACCUGCUGUUCAUCAGCCAAGUGUAGAGUGGGUAGAUUAGACUAUUUUAGUGCCUAUUGUGUAAAUAACCAACAAGACAUGAAUAUGUUGUUGCCCCUAACUGAACACAGAGAACAUAGAGAUAGGUAGAGGGUAGUAGGUGUCUCGAACUAUGCUGAAACACACAGUGCUCAGAGUUACAGUGAGUUUAUUUUCCCUUGUCAUUUAAGGUUGUUUAAUGUGCUGCCUUUAAGACAUUGCUGCUAAUGUUAUACAAAGCUUUUAAUGAUCGAGGACGCUAGCUAGUUGGAUAGGGUUGUCCCAUUUGCCCCUCCAUACUUACCAUAGAGAGCAUCAUGGGGGUUCUAAUAUGCUUACCGUAGAGAGCAUCAUGGGGGUUCUAAUAUGCUUACCGUAGAGAGCAUCAUGGGGGUUCUAAUAUGCUUACCGUAGAGAGCAUCAUGGGGGUUCUAAUAUGCUUACCGUAGAGAGAAUCAUGGGGGUUCUAAUAUGCUUACCGUAGAGAGCAUCAUGGGGGUUCUAAUAUGUUGUAGAUGUCACGUUCUAGAUAAAUGGUUGAACUAA